UAGAAAUGGCAACAAUAUUGACCAAUUUUUUCGGUACAACUUCCGUUCUUGGAUUUAGUUUAAUUCCGCUUUUGGCCAUCGGUCUCACUGUAUAUAAAUACAACAGUCUCGAUCCAGAAUCACAUCCGCAAGAUGCACAAGAGUUGCUGCGAAUGUACGAUUUCAUAGUGAUUGGAGGUGGAAGCGCAGGUGCUGUGGUCGCCUCGAGAUUGUCAGAGAUAGCAAAUUGGACAGUGUUACUUUUAGAAGCUGGCGAUGAUGAAAAUGAAAUUUCGGAUAUUCCUUUGCUUGCCGGAUAUACUCAGCUUACAAAAUUUGAUUGGAAGUAUCAAACCUCACCUUCAACUACUUCCGCCUAUUGCCUCGCUAUGAUAGGCGACAAGUGUAAUUGGCCUCGAGGCAAAGUUCUGGGAGGAAGCAGCGUUCUUAAUGCUAUGAUUUAUGUUCGUGGUAAUCGACACGAUUACGAUAAUUGGGCUCGAUUAGGAAAUAAUGGAUGGAGCUACGAGGAAGUGCUCCCUUAUUUUCUCAAAUCCGAAGAUAAUCGAAAUCCAUACUUGGCGAGAACACCUUAUCAUAAAACAGGAGGUUAUCUGACCGUACAAGAGCCACCCUGGAGAAGUCCUUUGGCUCUCGCUUUCUUGCAAGCUGGCCAAGAAAUGGGUUACGAGAAUCGCGACAUAAAUGGAUUCAAUCAAACCGGUUUCAUGUUGACACAAGCAACGAUUCGACGUGGCAGUCGAUGCUCAACGGCGAAGGCUUUUUUACGACCGGUAAAAAACAGAUCAAAUCUGCACAUAGCGAUGCAUACUCAGGUUCUAAAGGUGCUCUUUAACGCGGAGAAAAGAGCAAUAGGCGUAAAAUUUCUUCGCGAUGGUAAACAAGGAAUCGUAAGAUGCAGAAGAGAAAUCAUCUUAUCCGCUGGCGCGAUUAAUUCGCCUCAGUUGCUCAUGCUCUCAGGAAUCGGUCCCAGUGAACAUUUGACCAAGUUUGGUAUACCAGUGUUAUCCAAUCUACGGGUCGGAGAUAAUCUUCAGGAUCACGUGGGUCUUGGUGGACUCACUUUUAUCAUAAAUGAUCAGAUUACUUUAAUGAGAGAGCGCUUUCAGACUUUUCCGGUGAUGUUCGAAUAUAUCGUGAAGGAGCGUGGACCUAUGACCACGCCGGGUAUCGAAGGAUUGGCCUUUCUUAAUAGCAAAUAUGCUAACAAAUCCGGUGAUUAUCCAGACGUGCAGUUCCAUUUCGCGCCAAGUUCCGUCAACUCUGAUGGCGAACAAAUAAAAAAAAUCACCGGUCUAAAAGAUCGAGUAUAUAAUACUAUGUAUAAACCUUUGCGCAAAGCCGAAACCUGGUCAAUUCUACCGCUUUUGCUACGGCCCAAGAGCACAGGAUGGAUCAGGUUGAAGAAUAAAAACCCUCUAGUUCAACCGGAAAUUAACCCAAAUUAUUUCACGCAUAAAGAGGAUAUGGAUGUUCUCGUGGAGGGAAUCAGAUUAGCGAUGCAAGUAUCUAACACCCGCGCAUUUCAACGAUUCGGCUCCAGACCUCACACCAUCCGCAUGCCAGGUUGUCACAAAUAUGCAUUCAAUACGUACGAAUACUGGGAGUGCGCUGUGCGACACUUUACCUUCACGAUUUACCAUCCAACGGGUACUUGUAAAAUGGGACCGCAGGGCGAUCCUACAGCCGUCGUGGAUCCUCGAUUAAGGGUUUACGGAGUUAAAGGGCUUAGGGUCGUUGAUGCUUCCAUAAUGCCGACCAUUGUCAGUGGCAAUCCGAAUGCGCCGACCAUCAUGAUCGGCGAAAAAGCCAGUGAUAUUAUCAAGGAAGACUGGCGGAUCAAAAAAAAACGAACUGCUAAAAGGUGACGAACGAAAUUCUUUUCGUCAAAAUAA